AUGGCGCGCACACUUACGAAUAACAGAGACUCCCCUGUAGCGCACGAGUGGAUGGAGGAGUUCAUUGCCUAUGAGCUGGAUGAUUGGAAGGAGGCCACCCGCAAGGCCACUUUUGGUCAGCACGUACACAAGAGUUACUUCGACAAUCUUCUAAAGUUCAUGCAGCCACGCACUCGCACAUGGAUACACGUGGGAGAGCGAGACAGAGCUCGCCGUGCCGCUGCUCGCACAGCUGUGCAAGACCGUGGACGCAAGUUCAUCGUCUACGACAAAGGCGACUGGAACGUGGCUAGCCGUGCCGCAUUCUGUCAAGGAAGUCCCGUGAAGCACAUGUUCGAAGAGGCGCUCACAGGGAUGCAAUACAUUGAGUACACAGUGCCUUACCCUAGACGUCGCGUAAGGCUCGACUCACACGGUAAUGUCACUGAAGUCAUUUGGGACCGCGACUCGGUUGAGAAUGUGCCCGCACGCCGCAGGAGGAGAAGCAGAAGCCCUGCACGCCAUGAGGAUGCCCGCACAACUACUCCCGCCCAUCUCGAACGCCGCCACGCACACGAUGCCAUCAGCCCUGGUUUCUACUCACCCCCUCCACGUUACACCAGCCGCCAGCCUAGUAGUGGCACUGCUAGCCACACACACUCUCCCCAACUGCCUCCUGACUUACCACCUCCGUACACCGAGCGCGCUCAGGAUUCUAGAGCAAGAGAAGCCCAUGGCCAUGCUCGACGCCACCAUGCUCCUAUGAUUCGUCACCAAGCUCCGGUCAACGUAUCCCCACGCCGCAGAAGCAGAAGUAGAUUCCGGGCUCGUAUCGACAGUGCGACUGCUGCUUCUCGCCAUCGUGGCGCCAGCAUUGACCAACACACGGGCCGUGAUCAGCUCCCCGGUGAGGCUCGAGGACUGCUGCUUGUUCGUCCACCGCGGCCGCCUCCUCCUCCACCACCAGGCGUGCCAUCUCAACUCAACUCUGAUCGCCGCCAAGUGUAUACUACAGUUAACUCUCUACCUCGCUCUACCCCUCCGCGCCGUACCACUCGUCCUGACCGUGGUCCAGACGGUCGUCCGCAUCCUAAUCUAUCAACCCCUUACGUUGGCCACCAAGACCGGAACGGCGCGGUCCCUCCUGUAGCUCGCCAACAUCUUCGUCGCUUCGCUGUUGACGAAGGCGGGCCCCCUUUCGCAGCAGACCAACCUAUUACUUGCCAGGAGGCCCGCAAUCUUGUCGCUCUUGAGCAGGAGAUGGCAAACCUGAUGCGCAUGAUGCAGGAGCUUCGUCCUCGCAACCUUCUUAUCCUCGACUAAAGCAAGUCUACGCUGCUCAAGCAAUAAUACGGUGUCUGCUUGUGGGAUUGCAUGACAUCUUGAUUGAGGCUCUUUGGUCGUGGAAAUUUAGCCUCCAUCACGAAGCGCAAUCUCCUCGACGGCAAAAUGAACGAAAGGCUUUGAUUUUGUCCCGGCGGAUCUGGUGGACUCUACUAUGGUCUGGUAAUUCUUGGGUUGCGCCAUACUGUACGCAGCGCUUGGUCAUUGUGUAGGCAGCCAAGGUUAGUGGUUUACGGAAAUUUGGUCCAUGUUGAGGUCAAGGAAGUGAGAGC